ACAGCCGGGAAGCACUUCAACUUUUGACUCAACACUAUCUGCUUUGAAAACGUGAGAAUUCGCCGUAUACUCGAAAUGUCUUUUCACGCUAUUCGCAGUGUAAUAAAUUUCUCUAAAACUUUGUCUAGUAGUAAGGCACUUCUUUCGAAAUCUUUAUCGAAGUCGCUGUUUUAUGCUGGCGGUAUAAACACAAGAACACUGUCGAGAUCUUUGUUCUGUUUAAGCCGAAACCGGGAUUCUGAUCUCGGACGAAUCACAUCUAAAGUAACAUCGUGGUCUAAUACGUGUGGUUGUGGAUGCUCACUUCACACUAAAGGUGAUCAAGAAUUAGCUUCAUUUUUAGCCGAAGAAAUUGAAAAUGAAAAUAAAGUGCGAGUGAAAUCUGAUCUUCCAAAGCUUGAAGGAUUUGAAUAUUCCUUAUCUGAAGCUGAUGUUACUUUAACAAAAAAGUUUGGCAAUGAAAUAAUUACUAUAAAAGCCAAUGUUAAUGAUCCAUUUGUAUCUGAUUCUGAUGAUGUAAUGGAUCCUAAUGAAACUCAAGAAACUCAACAAGAGAGAUUGCAAGCAAAACCUCAAUUUACUGUAGAAGUCAAGAAGGGUAACAAGACUUUGUCAUUUACGUGCAGUUAUUCAGAAGUUGAUCCUAAUGCAGAAAGUGAAGCUUACAGUGAUUCAUUUGAAAUCACUGAUGUAGCUUUAUAUGAAGGUGACUCUACUGAUUCUACAUACUAUGUAGCUGGUGAAGUUAUGGAUGGUUAUCUGUAUGAUUUGCUGAUGAAUUACUUGGAAGAAAGAGGAAUUUCCAAUGAGUUUGCAGAUAAAAUGAUAGCUUUUUUUACAUCUUAUGAACAUCAACUUUACAUUAGGUUCUUGCAAGGAAUGAAGUCUUUUGUAGAAAAGUGAGGGGAAAAAAGCAAUUUUUAUGCAUUAGCUCAUCUCAUAUGUAUUGAUAAAUAGUUACAGGUUAUCAUUUUCUCACUAAUAGUUUGUGUUUCAGAAAUACUAUGUAAUAAAACGUGAUACAUUAUUGUUUUCCUGUAGGCUCAUUAUUUUUAAUUUUUCACAAAUGCAGAAAAUUUCUCAAUAAAUAAAUAAAUAAAAUAUG